AUGGCGGUUCAACUUGAUAAGGCGUUGAAGCAUCUUUCGAUUGAAGAGGAAGACGAACCCUUCGUGCUUCCGGAUAUACCAGAAUUCUAUGUAACAGAGAGAAAUUCGUUGAGUAUCAUUGGUCGGCUUCUCAACCCUCAGUGUCAAAGGAUGGCUGAUCUUAUUUUCAAGUUCGAGCAGGAUCUCCUCGAUGUUCUGAGCAGAGUUCACACCUUCGAUAACUGGUCGAUUGUGUUGGAUAGGUGGACUGAGAAGCCACCAGAUGAUUUCUUGCAACAUCUGCUGGUGUGGGUUCAGAUGAGAAACAUUCCACGUCUGACUCAUGAGCAAGCUUUGUGCCCUUGGUCUGCAAAAGGACCAAGAUCGGGUUUGUUGGGGUCUGCUUCGGCAGCAACAAGCAAGAUCACAGAAGUUUUACUCUCACUGGAGGAAAAUGAUCCGCUUUAUGGGGUCCUACCUUGCAAUCUUCUAGGGUUGGAUUCAGUCUCAGGUAAGCCUAAGAUUGCAAAGGAGGUCUUGGAAGGAAUGAGACAAUAUCUAUUAGCGGCUGAGGGUCAGGAGAAACUUGCAAGAGAAGACAGAGUGAGGAAAUCUUUGGAAGACUUAGUUAAUGACCCUUUGGGCCAGAAAGUCUAUCUGAGACAGGAGCAACCCUCAGUGGUGUCGUCUAAUCUCGAUAAAGGAAAGGGCGCAGUGUUUGAUUUUAGUCCUCAGACACAACGACCUCCAGAGCAAGGGAAACUUAUGGCGAAUGCUAUUUCGGCUGGCUCUAAAACCAUGCAAUCAGGGAAGGUCAUCUCUCUGCCCCAAACUUUAAAGAAGCCCACGGGUUCGACUCAAUCAGAGUAUCUUCUGGAAAGUUCAAUGGGUUAUAGUGUGGGUAUCUGUGAUACUAGCACUUCUGGGACUAUUCCUAAGAAACCCCGACAGAGAAAAAGGCCUGGAACAUAUACAAGAAAGGCAUCUGGAAAGAAGAUUGUUAAAGCGUUAACUGAAGGGACUGAGGUAGUUGGGGAAGGAGUAAUUUCUGAAGGAAAGAGGAAGGCACAUGAUGAUGUCGAGCCAUCUCAAAGCUCUGCAAGGUUUAAGAAACCAUUGGUGGUCCCGGAUGAGGGACCGUCCAAUAUCUAA